GCAGCCCUUUUUCGCGGCCCAAUAAUCUCUCUCCCUCUCCAUCCCUCCAUCAAACAUCUUCCAUUUACAUUCUCACUCUCUCUUUCCAUUUUCUUCUUCUUCUCAUUUCUAUUCAUCAAUCAUCUCUCAUCCGAUCAAAGGCCGCGGAAUGGGACAGGCGUUGCGCAAACUCUUUGACACUCUCUUCGGCAACACGGAGAUGCGGGUUGUGAUGCUUGGAUUGGAUGCCGCUGGCAAAACAACUAUACUGUAUAAACUUCACAUUGGAGAGGUUUUAUCAACAGUUCCUACCAUUGGUUUCAACGUAGAGAAGGUUCAAUAUAAAAAUGUGAUUUUUACUGUAUGGGAUGUGGGUGGACAAGAGAAAUUAAGACCCUUGUGGAGGCAUUACUUUAAUAAUACUGAUGGUCUGAUCUAUGUUGUGGACUCUCUGGAUCGAGAGAGAAUCGCGAUGGCAAAGAAAGAGUUUCAGGCCAUCAUCAGGGAUCCAUUCAUGAAAAAUGCUAUCAUAUUGGUCUUUGCAAACAAACAAGACCUGAGAGGAGCUAUGACACCAAUGGAAAUCUGCGAUGGCCUGGGCCUUAAUGACCUUAAAGAUAGAAAAUGGCAUAUAGAGCGGACUUGUGCUAUCAAAGGGGAAGGUCUGUAUGAGGGGCUGGACUGGUUGUCAAACACUUUGAAGGAACAAAGGGCCAUUGGAUUUUCUUCAGUGGUUUAGCGAGGCUAAUAUGAGAAUUGUUCAAUCUGUAAAUUGGAAGCCUGAAUUUUGGAAGUUCUUAGGAUUGCGUUUCUGGUUCUUCUCAGUAUAUUAGUUGCUUCCUAAGUCCUCAAUUGGCAGUUUGAUUAAUAUUUUCAUAGGACGAACCAAGAAGCCAACCGCCCGGAGUCAUACACUGGGAAUUCAUGUUAAUACAUACAUGUUCCGUAAUACUCUCAGAGGCAGAAGGUGGUUGAGUAGUUAUCAGUUAAUUGCAUCUUAACUCUUGUCUUUGUGUAAUUGUUUUGUUUGUUUGUUUACGUAUAUUAAUCCUGUGCAAUUUCUGGGGCUCAUAGCAUAAUUGAGAUUAUAGAGAGCCCUGUGGUUGUAGUGCAAGGGAAAUUGUUAUUGAAGUUUUGAAGUAAUUAGUUUUUGUUUGAUUCGA